CUUCAACCGGCCCUGAGCUGCUACACCGAAUCCAACGACCGCCUUCGCUUCCCGUUCCUUUUCUGCUGUAUCUGACCCUCUCCGUGCGUCCCUUAACUUCUUCGCCGUAUAGUUGGCGCUCCAAGCGAAAGGCGAGGGAUCGUCUCUUCUUCGCGUGGAUGCGGGAUUUAAGUUAGAGGCUGUGGUGGAAGCUAAACAAGAUUCCAUUGUACAAUAACAUUUUGUAAUUCGUCCUCUAGUUUUUUCUUCUCUGCUUUGAUCUGGGAACCUAGAUCCAUUCAAUUGAUGAUUGACAAGAAGAAGAGCAAUCGAAGCUUCAAUUAGAUUGGUGCAAGCCCUCUUUGAUCUAUUUCCACUGGUUCAUCCGCUUGUUAAUAUGAAAGGACCAGGCAGCUAUGUUCCUCCUCCAUAUAUCCCUCUCGAUCAGGAGGAUACCGACACCGAAAAUACUCCUGCAAAUGGUGUUCCCUAUCGCCAAUCUACAAUGCAGGAUCCAACACAAUGGUCAUCUGGAAUCUGUGCUUGCUUUGACGAUAUGCAGAGCUGUUGUGUUGGCACUGUCUGCCCUUGCUUCCUUUUCGGAAAGAAUGCAGAGUUCCUUGGGUCUGGCACACUGGCAGGGUCAUGCAUGACCCACUUCAUCUUGUGGGGCCUUGUCAACAGCCUCUGUUGUCUCUUCACCGGAGGCCUACUUGCCGGAGUCCCCGGAUCGAUGGUCGCUUGCUACGCUUGUGGAUAUCGUAAGACACUCCGCGCGAAAUACAAUCUGCAGGAAGCACCCUGCGGCGACUUGCCCACGCAUUUGUUCUGCCAUCUGUGUGCCCUUUGCCAAGAGUACCGAGAGAUUCGCGAGAGGUCGAAUGGCUCCUGCCCUACUCUGGCGCUCUCGCCUGUUGCUGCUCCUCCAACUCAGACUAUGGAGAACGAUGGGAGGUGAUGCCUUAGUCAGAGUGUGAAAUACAAGCAAAUAUCAUACUUCACGGUUCUUGAAUUGGUUUAUCAGUGUUCUUUCAUUGUUCAUGCUUUUCAGUAUGAUAACAUCAAUUGUAGCAGUGUGGUUGUUUCUGUGCUUUGAUUGCCAUUUUGGUUGUUACACUUUCUUCUCCA